GCAGUUAGCAGAAGUCGCCAACCGCUACCCGUCAUCGACGUUCGAGGGUCUCCACGGUGAUCUUUCCAGCCAGCUUCUUCAGGCCUUGGUACCCGCGUUUUACUCGAAGUGGGUCGAACGCAGUGAAAAUAAAGUUGUUUGAGGAUAUUGCCGCAGAAAACAUCACACAACUUGAAUAUUUUUUCCAAUUGCAGAAGAUGAAGCUGUGGUGGGCUGGGCGUGUGUGCUGCUCCUUCUCCUCCUGGCUCUCUCUGUGUCCCAGGCUGAAGCUCAGGAUGACCUGGAGAUGGGAGGAUGAAUGGAGGAAGCUAUGGUGGAAGACACGGUAGAAGAUAGGGAAGACUCAGCAGAGAUAGAGGGAGAGGCGGAGAUGGAAGGGGAGAAGGGAACCGAUGCCAACGUCUCCUUCCAGGUGACCUACAAGACUCCUGUUCCCACCGGAGAGGUGUACUUCUCAGAGACCUUUGACGACGGCACKCUGGACAGGUGGCAGGUGUCAAAGACAAUGAAGGAAGACGCAGACGARGAAAUUGCUAAAUAUGAUGGUAAGUGGUCUGUGGAGCAGCUGAAGGAAAAUAAAGUACCAGGAGACAUGGGUCUGGUUCUGAAGUCCCGGGCCAAACAUCACGCCAUCGCCUCCCUGUUGGACAGACCUUCAUCUUCCGGGACGACGCCCUGGUCGACAGUGAGUUUGACCUUUAACCUCUCACGUUUUGACCUCUUACCCCUUUUUUUGUAUGAGGUGAACUUCCAGGAUGGUAUUGACUGUGGUGGAGCCUACAUCAAACUGCUGUCAGACGAAGAUGGCCUGGAUCUG